ACCAUGAGAAACCAAACUGAGAUCACUGGAUUCAUUUUGGUGGGAUUUCUGGGUAAGCCACAGCUGCAGAUAGCUCUCUUCAUUCUCUUUUUGAUCAUGUAUGUCAUCACUCUUGUAGGUAACAUUGGCAUGAUCAUAACCACCUCAAUUGAUGUUCACCUUCAAACUCCUAUGUACUUUCUCUUGAAGAAUUUGUCCUUCAUAGAUGCCUGCUACUCAUCUGUCAUCACUCCCAAAGCCAUGCUGAACUUCUUAACUCAGAACAAGACCAUUUCCCGCAAUAAAUGUGCAGCCCAGAUGUUCUUAUUCUCUCUUCUUGGGACCACUGAGGCUUUUCUCCUAGCUGGGAUGGCCUAUGAUCGUUUCACUGCAAUUUGCAACCCACUACUUUACCAUUCAAUGAUGUCUAAGAAGAUCUGUGCACUUCUGGUGGCCAUUUCAUACUUUUUUGGGUUCCUCAAUUGUAGCAUACAAGUAGGCUUAACAUUCAGCUUAUCCUACUGCCGACCUGUGGAGAUCAACCAAUUCUUUUGUGAUGUUCCAGCUGUUAUGAAGGCUUCUUGCUCUGACACUUUUGUAAAUGAAAUUGUGCUGUUAGUGCUGUGUGGUUCUAUUGUAGUAACAACAUUCUCAGUUAUCUUAAUAUCCUAUGCCUAUAUUGUGGUCACAGUCUUUCACAUACCUUCUGCCCAAGGAAAACACAAGGCUUUAUCAACUUGUUCUUCCCAUGUCAUUGCUGUAAGUUUGUUCUUCGGGACAGCUUUCUUUAUGUAUGGCCAACCUGGAAGCAUCACUUCUCCUAACCAAGGCAAAGUGGUGUCUAUUUUUUAUACCAUUGUAAUUCCAAUGCUGAAUCCAUUAAUCUACAGUUUAAGGAACAAGGAAGUGAAAGAUGCUUUGGUGAGACUACUAAGAAGGAUAACCUUCUCCCAGUCAUGUGAUGCUUCUAGAUAA